CGCGUCGUCAGCAUCGUCGGGGUUGCUCCAUCCAAUAAUAUACACAACAACUCCACGCAAUAUCCCUUAAACAACCAGUUAUUAUUUAUUAUAAAAAAAAAAAAAUCUAAAGAAAAAACGGUUUUGUGACAUCAACUAGUACUACUCCCCAUCCCCAGCAAAACACCAAAUCCUAUCGAAGCAAUGAAAAUAAUUAUUUGAAAAUUAUUUUUAAAAUUUUAAACAGUCACCAAUUGGUUGAAUUAUUCGUGUCUUUCUAUUGGAAGUAUGAGGUGAGUCCCCGGUGAUUUUUUUUUUAUACUGAAAACGGAGCCCAAUGGUGGAUUAUGAGGGCCCGAAGAUGACAGCUCAAAUGGCAAUGGCAAAUGGUGAUGAUUAAUUGAUCGAUUCAACCAUGAUCUCAACCAAGGAUGAUUUAAUCGUGUGCGAGUUUGACGUUUUGCGAUAACGAAUAACGGAUCGAACGGGGUUCGAUUUAUUGGUUACAGAUAUUCGUUGGGGUUUUUUUUUUUGUGUGGAUAAAAUGAAGAAAUUAAUUGGAUAAUAGAUAUUCGAAUUGAAGUUCAAGUGAAGUGAUAUUUGGUACUGGAGUGAUUUGAGUACUUGGACGAUAAGACGAAAGAGAUCGGCGCUUAGCGUCGUUGCAACGGACCCAAAAUAGGGGGCUCCAGCGUAAUGCAGAGAACGGGUCCGAUCGGAGGGCCCGGACACAUUGGCCUCCAGGGCCCACCCAGGAGUGUCAAAAUAUCACCGAUUAAGGUGCAGGACGAACCCAUUGACCCUAUUUCACAAAAGGUGAAGAGCUCGUUGUGUGUUGGAUGCGGUGGCUGGAUCCACGAUCAAUGGAUUUUACGAGUAGCACCAGAUCUUGAAUGGCAUGCUGCAUGCCUCAAGUGCGCUGAGUGCCAACAAUUUUUGGACGAACGAUGUACAUGUUUCGUUAGAGACGGAAAGACCUACUGUAAACGAGAUUAUACGAGAUUAUUUGGAACCAAAUGUGACAAGUGUAGUCAAUCCUUCAAUAAGAACGACCUAGUGAUGCGAGCAAAGACGAAAAUAUAUCACAAGGAGUGCUUCAGGUGUUCAGCCUGCAUGAGAAAGCUUGAAACUGGAGAUCAAUUUGCCCUGAGGCACGAUGGUCUGUUCUGCCGGCAUGAUCAUGACAUCUUAGAGAGUGGAAAAUUCUGUACAGGCGCUGUUGACAGCGCAGGUAAUGAGAACAACAACAAUGCAACCCUUACGAACAAUAAUCAUCACUUAGGAGCAAACGACGCAUCGCUAUCCGAUUCUGGAUCGGAGAGUGGAUCGCACAAGACCGGGGUUGGACCAAGAGGAUCUAGUGGUCAUAAGAGUGGAGGUGGCUCCGAUGGAAAACCAACGAGAGUACGAACGGUCCUCAAUGAAAAACAAUUGCACACAUUGAGAACGUGUUAUGCAGCUAAUCCAAGACCCGAUGCUCUCAUGAAAGAGCAGUUGGUCGAGAUGACAAGUCUAAGCCCGAGAGUCAUCAGAGUGUGGUUCCAGAACAAACGUUGCAAAGACAAAAAGAAGACAAUUGCAAUGAAACAACAGAUGCAGCAGGAAAAGUACUCUGGGUUUCAGGAUGGCAGAAAACUGGGCUUCGGUGGUAUGCAUGGUAUUCCAAUGGUAGCCAGCAGUCCUGUGAGGCAUGAGAGUCCAAUUGGUAUGACUCCCCUUGAGGUACAAGCGUAUCAACCACCGUGGAAAGCACUUUCUGAUUUUGCCCUACACACUGAUCUCGACAGAAUGGAUCCCAAUGCGCCGUCAUUCCAUCACCUCGUCUCUCAGAUGCAUGGAUAUGACAUACAUGGGGGUCCACCUCCUCAAUUAUCUCAACCUGGAAUGCUGGGGGGUCCAAUGAAUGAUGGGGUCGGUGGUGGUCCACUGCCACCACCUGGACCACAUCAUCCUGUCGGUGGUCCAGACAUGGGUCAACAUCCAGAUAGUACAGACAGCUACGUUACCUAUUUAGAGAGUGACAGUGAUUCCUUGCAUCACGACACCGGGAGUCCCUAGUUUCAUCCUCUAAAUAUACCGUGUACAUAGUAGACCUUUCAAUCCAAGUAAUUUAUCAUUUCAGCGAAACGUGACUGAAUUUAAAAAAUCGACACCUUCUCAUUUCACCGUUACCAUUUAAAGAAAAUUAUCAUUCUUCUCAGACGUCGGAAUAUUGAAAAUUGUAAUAUGUAAAUUACCGUCGGGAUGUAUUCGAAAUGUGAAAGCCUGAGGGAGACGAUAUAAAAAGAAACGGUUGGAAGUAACAGAAAGAAGUAGAUACGAUAAUUGCGUGAAUGGUGAAUGACGUUGUAAUAUAAUUAAUGCUACAUGCAAUCGUUAAUGAGUGCAACAUGAAUCAAGUGGACUUGAGAGUCGAGAGAAGACAGUUAUUCUCCAUUUUUUUUCCAUUCAAUACCAAAGUAUGAUGCAAAAUGUGUAAAACAAAUUGAUAUGAAGGAACAAAAAAUGAAAUAUGAAUUUUCUCUGUAAAUAUAGUACAAUUGUUUGAGAUUUCUAGAGAUCAAAGAGGUGAAUUCAUUUCAUACGUCAUCGGAAGAGUUUAUUAUUAUCGUACUGUAAUACGAUCCCCGUAUUUUGGAUGUUUGUAUAAAAAUUGAAAUUCGUUAUACUUAUUAUAUAUAUGUAUAUACAUAUACUUAUAAUAUAUAUAAUAAGUCACUCUUGUGUAUGUACGUUAUAAAGUUGUGACAAAAAAAAAAUUCUGGAGAUAAAGCAAUUUGGAUGUAAAAUUGAGUUUCAAUGCAUUAUCCGACAAAUUUUCUGUUUUCAUUCAUUAUGGACGAAUAUUUGAAUUUCUACGAUAUUUCUAUACCAGCACGAGUGUAUGUAAUAAAAAUCGAGACUAA